AUGUCUCAACGAAAACGAACUCGAAGUGGCGAUAAUGCACUCGUUGGAGGAGGAAAAGGCACACCGAAGUUGUUGGCUUGCAUACAAUGCGCCGUCAUUUUACUUUUGGUGAUGAUGACUGGUUGCUGGAUGUAUGUGGUCAUUCAAUUUCGAAAGCCAUCUGGAGUGCAAUCGCAAAACGCUUCAUUGGACUACGAGAUAUUACAUGAAAUUAUUACUCCUAUGCACAACUUUGGUGGAAAACCACAACAAGCAUCGGGAUUAAGACAAAACGGCAAAAAAUAUAUCGACCAUGGCAAUCUAGGAGAUGGAGAUGACGACGCAGAGGUCGAGGAACACCCCAUGUCCAUUGAAGAAAUCAAAGAUCAGCAUGCAGCUGCAGCAGCCGUCGAACAGGAAAUCCUGGAAAAGUCUAAGUCGCAAAAACAAGUAGAUUCAAAAGUCGUCCAACAAGACCACGACUCGUCGUCCACCACCAACGAAUAUUUCAAGUACAAGGUUUCGACCAAAACCUUUUUGAAAAAAUCCCUCUUCAACAAGGAAGCCAUACACGAUCAAGUUGUCAAAAAGGACAAAAAAGGCAACAUUUUGCACAACGCCAUUCAUGCGGUCCGAAAGGAAGAUCUGGAAGAUCUCAAUAUUCCCAUUCCUGAUGGCUGGAAUACGACCACCAUGGAAGAUGCCUUGAAGGGCCGAGAGCCCUUGGUCGACAUUUUGCACGAUGCGGGCGUCCAGGAAUUGGAUGUGGCGGCUGUAUUGAGUUUGCCCAAAUGGGAUGUCGUCACAAAAUUGUAUGGAGACAAUGGGCCUGUCAUUAUCGGAUUGGAUACCUGUAAACAGUUUCAAGAGACUAUUCCGCUGGAUCAGGCCAGCAUCGGGAUUGCUGGAUUGUUCAAUACGGGGACGAAUCCAAUGAAUAUGUAUUUGGAAGAGAAUUGCAUCAUGCCCCAUAUCAAACGUGAACGACAUGGAGGAAUGCGAUUUCAAGUGCCAUGGGGAAAGCAUGUUCCAGCAAGUUGGAAGUGGAAUAAUACGGCUGGAAAUGAUCAAAAUACAAACAAGACGAAUGUAUUGCCGGUAGUCAUGGUUCGAGAUCCUUACAGUUGGAUGCAAAGCAUGUGUAAGCACCCCUACACUGCUAAAUGGUUACGACCAAAAGGACACUGUCCAGGAUUGGUUCCCUUGGCCUUGGACAAGGACCGGGGUUACAAGUCAUCGACUCUCGAUGUCACUGUCAAAUACAAGGCCACAGCCUACUUUGAUUCCCUAGCAGACUACUGGACGCAAUGGUACGAACAAUACCUCCAUGCCGACUAUCCGCGACUGAUGGUCCGUUUUGAGGAUUUGCAGUUUCAUAGUCGCGAAAUGAUUGAUGCCAUUUGUCAAUGUGCGGGUGGGGUGGCUCGAAAUGAGGAUGCGUCCUUUUCCUAUGUGGUGGACAGUGCGAAAUCCUUUGGACCAGGGCACGGGGGAAAGAAACAAGCCAAGACUAAUAUGAUAUCCGCAAUGAUCAAAUAUGGGUCAGAAACGCAUCGAUUGGACAGUCUCACCAAAGAAGACAUGGAGUUUGCGGCGACACAUUUCAAUCCGGCAUUCAUGGAUCUUUUUGAAUAUAAUGUUCCAGAAGUACCACAAUCAUAA